GUCACCUAUGAAACUGCUCCUGAUGUCUGAUCGAAAAUUGGAAACCCGAGUAUUGCAGCAAAUGCUCCAGCCGACGGCCCACGCGGUCGCCCGAAUCCAACGUGAGCUUGAGAUCAGCCAAUCACCACACUCGCCUCGACGUCAAAAUAGGGCAAAUGUUGCGGCAACCGACGUCAGAUCCCAUGAAGAACUUUGCGAAGUACUGCAAGACUUCUGUCUGGAAGUGGUGACAGCCAUUGGUGUCCAACCAAUACAAAGAGCGGUGCACAGCCUUUUAAUCAGAGGGCCGCCAUAUAGCACGCCGAGCCUUCCUUCGACCGGAGAUCAGGGCGAUGCAGACCGGCCGCCUAGACCAGGAAAACAGGCACGGAUUGAUUGCAUCCGUAGCAGUGGACGGUGUGUCUAUUUUGAUGAAGUGUUCGACAACGACCAUGCACAGAGAAAGAAAACAUUAGUGCAGCACCCAAAAGUGCCUAGUAGUUGGUACAUUCUCCGAUGCGAUGAGCAUGACAUCGACUUUAGACACAAGGCAUUCCUUCGCGCAGGGGCGCAUCUCAGUAGUGCACAACACGGGCGACUGUCUCGCGACUCAGAAGUGGUCAUUGAGCACUUCGGUACCGAGGUCUUGAACUGUGACGAGGGCCUGGUGGCUAUGAACAAUGCGUCUGGUCACACAGUGUUGUGUCAGAAGCGCAAGCACAAGCGACAGUCUGCGAGGAUGACCCAGAAGCGACGCAAGCAUGCUGAGUAUGAUCCACUAGCCGACCCAAGCGCUGGUCAGCUGUAUCGUGGACUUUGAGGCAAAGCAAAGAAAAGCUGGGCUAUCUUAGUUCUACCCACUGAGGACCUUGGAGAGGUCGGCAUGUGCGGCACAAUGAAAUCUCUCGGCCUAAACAAGGCGAUACCGCCGUGUUAUAUCUAUGAUGAGCGAACAAUGGCGUUUAGUUGGGCGGGAGGGUACGAAGAUGGGGGUCCAACAACUGCGGAGCGCAAAUUUCCGGUUGCCUACUUCAACGGCUCAGGCUUUCCAGAAAAAAGUACCGUGGGAUGGUUGGGUGCUAAGGACCUUGCGCCACUCGAUGUAGGGAACUUGGACAGCGCUGGUAUCCCGCAUGCAGAGAUGGUACGUGGAUACCUUCGACAACGAAAUGCUGCUCCGGCAGCCGUGACGGACCUCGAAGUCUGCACUGCUUUCAUUAGUAAGUUUCAAAUAUCCUCACGCUGCUCUUUACUCAUGCCCUC